UCAAAAAUUCAGAAUUCCACACCAACACCAUAAUCAUAAUAAACACGUCUAUAUAUAACAUUUUAUAUCCCUCACAUUUCUCAAUUCGAAUCACAAAGAGAAAGACCUUUGAAGACUUCAUCAAUGGCUGUCAAACUUUACAUUGUGUACUACUCCAUGUAUGGACAUGUGGAGAAACUAGCAGAAGAAAUAAAGAAAGGAGCUGCUUCUGUGGAAGGCGUUGAGGCCAAAUUAUGGCAGGUACCUGAGACACUGGAUGAGGAAGUGCUAGGUAAGAUGAGUGCACCACCGAAGAGUGAUGUACAAAUCAUCACCCCAGAUGAACUCGCUGAGGCUGAUGGUUUUGUGUUUGGAUUCCCAACAAGAUUUGGAAUGAUGGCUGCUCAAUUCAAAGCUUUUCUAGAUGCUACCGGUGGUUUAUGGAGAACACAAAAGCUUGCAGGCAAGCCUGCCGGAAUCUUCUACAGCACCGGUUCUCAAGGCGGCGGACAAGAGACUACAGCGCUUACCGCUAUUACUCAGCUGGUUCACCAUGGAAUGAUAUUUGUCCCAAUCGGUUAUACAUUCGGAGCUGGCAUGUUUGAGAUGGAGCAAGUGAAAGGUGGAAGUCCAUAUGGUGCAGGAACAUAUGCCGGAGACGGCUCGAGACAGCCAAGUGAGCUUGAACUGAAGCAAGCAUUCCAUCAAGGGAAAUAUCUUGCCACCAUCACAAAGAAACUCAAAGAAACUGCCUAAUGUUGAAAUCAUCUAUAGACAAUAUACUAUAUGUUAAACUACACCGAAAUAUUUCUCGAAAACCAUUACCAUUACAGUUUACCAUAUUUUAGACUCAGAAUAUAUCUGUUCUAUAUUUCUGUUGCUACAAAUAUUUUUUUCUCUUCCAAUUUACAGAAAUAAAAUGCUUUGGAUUAUGUGUGUUAGAGGAUGCAGUUGUUCUUGAAAAUUUGUUGACUGAUGAAAGUUUGUCUUUAAUGUUUGUUCUUGUUAGCUUGGGAAAAUACUUGUUCCUAUAUUUUGUAUUUUAUAUAUAAUGAACUUUAAUUCGAAUAAGCAAACUUUUGUACA